AUGGGCUGGCUCGAUCUCGUGCCUCGUGCAGGCAACCUAUAUAUCGGUGGUCUCCACGCGUUGUAUCAGAAGCCAGACCUCUUCAAAGCGGCGAAGAUCACGCAUAUCGUGUCGGUGUUGGACUAUGAUCUGUAUGAAAACGAUCACUUCAAGCACUUCAAACAUAUCCAGAUCAAACUCGACGAUGACCCGAAUGAAGUCCUGCUGAAGCACUUCUCAGAAACGAACGCGUUCAUCGACAACGCUCUCUCCAACGGUGGAGCAGUCUUCGUACACUGCGCCAUGGGCAAGUCACGAUCCGCGACCAUCGUAUGCUGCUACUUGAUGUGGAAGUACAACAUCAGCCCUGAAUUGGCGUUGGCUCAACUCUGCGAAGGACGGGAAGUCUGCGAUCCCAACCCAGGUUUCAAGGAGCAGCUGAAAGUCUACGAGCUCAUGCUCAAAGCUCCCAACGAGGCUGAGGCUCAAAGCAUCUUCCAGAAGUGGCUGGACACUCGGUACACCGGCACUUGGUACUCUGGUACGUUUCGGUCAAUGACGACGAGCCGCCGCUCAAUGGAAUGA